UCACAGUGCCUCUAUCCACCUAGGUGUACAAAUGGGUACCGGUGAACUUAAUGCUGGGGUUAACCCUGCAGUGGACUAACAUUCCAUCCACGGGGUAAUAGAAAUACUCCUAGUCGGUUAAUAUUACAGAAACCGGGAUAAGCUCCAGCGUAAUGGACCACAUGGCUCUUAUGCAGAUUUUGCCAUACUGUCUUGUAUUUUCACUGGUUGCUUGUUGUUCAACUUGAAUAUUUGGACGUAUUUGUCAACUUGUUGGACGCGAGGUGGAUCUCUUUUGUGCGAUGCUGUCAGUAUGAAACUUUCAGUUUGACUGCAAUUCAAAUAAAUGUAUUGAAUGGGGAAAGAAUCGAGUGUGCAGAGGCAAAUGCCUGCUACCUCAAGCCAAGUAAUUAAUUAAAUUUAGAUGAAGUCUUCUCUUGAACCUGAUGGCCCAUCAGGCUGGCACUUACACGUAUCUCCUGUUUCUAUAGCAUCAAACGCGAAGAGUUUUUCCUCCUCCCUCCUCGGGCUAUUCUUCGUCGACGUUGAUUUCUUCCUUCGAUCGUGGCCGCUGUUGAAACCGUCUAACAUUCGUCUGCCCAUCGUUCGUACAUCAAGCGAAAGACAACAAACUGCAAUGACUAUGAGCACUCCUUCAACGGGACGCAUGCUUGUUUCGGUUUAGAUCGCGAUCGAUAUCAUGUCUUUCGAAAGCACGUGGGUAAACAACGUGGUGUCUAGUAUCUGGUUCCUGAAAAUUAUCUCCCACUAGUGCGACCCUCCGUUUUCUGUCUAAAAGUUAUCAUUUCCGGUUGCGGUAUCUAAUUUUUGUGGUUUUUUAGCCGGCAAAGAUGAAAACUUUUCCUAAGUGCGACCCAUACCUUAUCCCUAGCAUUAAAUCGUCAAUGUCCAUUUAUACACACCGGGGUGGAGAGAGGCACUGUGAGAGUAUAGUAUCUUGCAGAAGAAGUGAGAACACAACACAAUGUCGUGGGCCAAAGACAGAACCCAGGCCACUCAAUCUAGAGUUCGGCCCACUUACCAUUAGGUAACCACACCUCAAAUAAUGAUAUACCUUAACUUGUUAAUAAUCAUGAUCAAUGUUAAAAACAGGUCUGUUAAUUGAUUUCGGAGAUGAUGUACCUCCAGUGCCAUCCAAAAGGCACUCACUAGGGUCCGUAGCUAAAGAAGGUCCCAAGUCCAGAUAUGACAAUAUUGAAGUGCCAGUCCAGUCUGCAUCCAAAUCUGGAGUUACCGCUCCGAGAUCAACCAGUUCUCCUAAUGUGCUCGACGAUUCGAGGUUGUUAGGUUUAAAGCCAACGGUAAACAAUUCACCUGCAGCCGGCGUUCAGCUCGCGAAUGCCAAGGGAAAUGUAAACAGCAGAGCUUUUCAUACAGUCCCCAACAGGAUACGGGCAGACCCUGGUCCCAAGAGGUGCCCAUUGUUAGCAGAGCAGUUCCAAGACCCGGGUGCGAGUGGUGGAAGUGGUGGUGGUGCUAGCGGCGGCAGUGAUUUGGGACUGAUCCAAUCGUCCCAAGGUCAGUAUUUUCUGGUUGGUGCUACUAGUCCUCCGUCACCUACCACGACGGUGGUGACUCCACAAUUUGUGCCACAAUCUUUCCAGGGCUCACAGCCGCAAAAGCCCAAACAUUCAAAGCCCGUGGAGGGUCGUACUUCACCACAGCCUAAAAAGCUAGGGGAUCAGCGGACACCAGUUGGCGCCUACAGCUUGGUGGGAAUACCAGAAGUAGCGGGACAAUCGCCUGUUCUCCAUACGCAGAGUCCUGUAGCCACACCUACCUCAGUUAAAAGUGUUUUACCCAAAGAAAAUGCUGGCAUACCUGUGGAAAUGAAGAGUAAUCCAAAUGUUGGUAUCGAUGUGCAAGUCACAAGUGUUCCAUAUAUUGGCCAUCCUGUGCCAGUCAAAAGUAAUCCAGAGACUAGUGUCCCUGUCGAAGUCAAAUGUCAUUCAGAUAUUGGUUACCCUGUGGAGGUCAAAGGAAACCCGAUUGUUGAAGCUUCGUAUGAGAUAGUUGGACAGAGGCAACUACCAGCAAAGGGUGUGUUACCUCCAUCAGUGCCUCCGUACAAACCUCGCAAUGCAGGCCUCGCUUGUUUAGACUCUGAAAAAGGCGCGAAAGAAGAAAAACAGAAGACGGCGGCUGAGAAUAGAUUCACCUCAGAUGUCUCACACAGAGGACCAGCGGAUGGAGCACCGCUGGAGGAUAGUGACGUGGCAGCUGGACCAGACCUUUACGCCACAGUUGUUCCGCGAAACACCCGAGACAAGGCAGAUUCUAAGGAAAGAAACAGUCCUAACCUGUCCAGUGGAUCAUUAAACCUACGUCCUCAAACAUCAUCUGGAAGUUUACAGGUCAGCUGUUUAUUUUGCUGUCACAGUUAAUUAGACAAAAAAAAAGUUCAAAGUCAGUGUUCCAGACAAGUGAGGGGUCUCAGGUCAAAAACCCGACAAGGUCGGCUGCAUGAUCCGACUUUGUUUCAGUGGUAUGCCUGUAAACUAGCUAAGCUUAGUGCUUGUUUCGCUAAGUACAUGACCGCUAUAAAUAAGAUUUACAUUUUUUUCACAUUUUACAUUUACUAUUUAAUAAAAAAAUUACGAUGGUUUGGUGGGAGCAGUGGGAAUUGACCUGUUGGAAUACCUUAUUGACACACCUUGAAAACUUAUCUAGAACCCUGUGAGUGCAAAUGGCUUUUAUUUCUUAGAUAUAGUACCAAAUUACUGCUCACAGCCGACGCUCUUUACUUAAACAAUCCCAGAAAUCGUAGUGCCAAACGAUAGUGCCAGGUCUCCUCGUUAUUCUUGAGUGAUGAAUUCAGCGAGUCAUUAGACGAGGAGUUGUCAAAGUGUUCAAAGCGAUUGGCGCAAAGGCUGAUUAUAAGUUUCUGAAUUUUUAUGCCGAAGUUGAUUCGGUAUGUAUCUACCGGUUUAGAUACAGCAAGCCAUGUUACAGGCAUUAAAUGUAUUUAGCACUGUUGUGCUAAUUGGGGACACUGUAAACAAAUAACCAAACAUUGUAAUAGAACAUA